AUGCAUUCUCAGACACACCUGGGCAGCGCAGACCAUGAACCGAAGCUUGUCAAUAGGCUGCGGGAUAGCAGGUCGCCUUAUGUCAGAGCUCACAUGAACAAUCCGGUCGCCUGGCAAUUAUGGGACGCAGAGGCCAUCGAAUUAGCCAGACGGUAUAACCGACUCAUCUUUCUGAGCAUCGGUUAUUCAGCGUGUCACUGGUGCCAUGUCAUGGAAAAGGAAUCUUUCAUGUCGCAAGAAGUAGCCUCAUUGCUGAACGAAUCGUUUAUCCCUAUCAAAGUCGACAGAGAAGAGAGACCUGAUAUCGACGACGUUUAUAUGAAUUACGUUCAAGCCACCACCGGCUCUGGCGGCUGGCCAUUGAGUGUAUUUUUGACACCAAACCUUGAGCCUGUGUUCGGUGGCACGUAUUGGCCUGGCCCGAACUCAUCAACCCUCUCCAGACAGGACACAGUUGGAUUCGUGGAUAUCCUGGAGAAACUCCGAGAUGUUUGGAAGACUCAGCAGCAACGAUGCCUCGAUAGUGCGAAAGAGAUCACGCGACAACUGAGGGAGUUUGCCGAGGAAGGAACACAUUCCCAACAAGGCGAUCGGCAGGCGGGUGAGGAUCUGGACAUUGAGCUUCUGGAGGAGGCAUAUCAGCAUUUCGCUUCGCGAUAUGAUACCGUAAACGGAGGCUUUUCCCGGGCGCCCAAGUUUCCCACGCCUGCCAAUUUAAGCUUCCUCCUGCGCCUAAAGACAUACCCAAGUGCUGUGUCGGACAUUGUAGGACAAGAGGAGUGUGACAGGGCAGCUGCCAUGGCAGUGAGCACGCUCAUCAGUAUGGCGCGCGGAGGAAUCAGGGAUCACAUUGGCCAUGGUUUCGCGCGAUACAGCGUGACCGCGGAUUGGAGUCUACCCCAUUUUGAAAAGAUGCUUUACGACCAGGCUCAGCUUCUGGAUGUAUACGUCGACGCGUUCAAAAUCACGCAUAACCCUGAACUCUUGGGUGCUGUAUAUGACCUUGCCACAUAUCUCACCACCGCCCCAAUUCAGUCGCCUGUGGGUGCUUUUCACUCAUCCGAGGACGCAGACAGUCUGCCAACGCCUAAUGACACGGAAAAACGUGAAGGUGCCUUUUAUGUAUGGACUUUGAAGGAACUCACACAAGUUCUCGGCCAGCGAGAUGCUGGUGUCUGUGCUCGACACUGGGGAGUGCUACCAGAUGGUAAUAUUGCCCCCGAACACGAUCCACACGAUGAAUUCAUGAAUCAAAACGUGCUUUCCAUCAAGGUCACUCCGAGCAAGCUGGCAAGAGAAUUUGGGUUGAGCGAGGAGGAGGUCGUGAAGAUCAUCAAGUCGGCUAAACAGAAACUACGUGAAUACCGUGAGAAGACGCGGGUACGUCCUGAUUUGGAUGACAAGGUUAUUGUGGCUUGGAAUGGGCUUGCAAUCGGCGCGCUCGCUAAAUGCAGUGCCUUGUUCGAGGAAAUCGAAAGCUCAAAGGCUGUGCAGUGUCGCGAGGCAGCAGCACGAGCAAUCAACUUCAUCAAGGAGAACUUGUUUGAGAAGGCGACGGGUCAGCUCUGGCGUAUCUAUCGCGACGGUAGCAGGGGAGAAACACCUGGCUUUGCAGACGACUACGCUUAUCUCAUCCACGGUCUGUUGGAUAUGUACGAAGCUACUUACGACGACAGUUACCUACAAUUUGCGGAGCAGCUGCAGAGUAUGUUCCAUGAUCGCGGCUCAUUUGGUCGAACUAUACUAACGCAAGCAGAAUAUCUCAAUGAUAACUUCCUUGCCUACGUAGGCUCGACGCCGGCGGGCUACUACAGCACACCUUCCACCAUGACACCGGGCAUGCCGGGUCCACUUCUUCGUCUGAAAACUGGAACCGAGUCAGCUACACCAUCCAUCAAUGGAGUCAUCGCUCGUAAUCUGCUUCGUCUCUCGGCACUGUUAGAGGAAGAAGAGUACCGUACACUGGCCCGCCAGACAUGCCUCUCCUUCUCCGUAGAGAUCCUGCAGCAUCCUUUCCUGUUCGUCGGUCUCCUUGAUGUCAUUGUCGGACUCCAGACGACAACGCGGAGCGUAACGGGGGUCUUCUGCACUGCAAAUCUUCCUCAGAGCGUUACUUUAGAAGGGACUGAUAGACUCAUUAAUAAGCCAGAGGAGCCUGUGUCUGUACGGGAUAUGAUUAUCAAAAAGAUCCGGAGCGAGGCUGGGUCGACGAUGGUCACUUCGGCUACGGUAACAUCACUAGUCGACAUCAGGCCAUCCCAUCUUGGUGACUUUGUUGGCAACCAAUCUUUCUGGCUCAGGACUCGGAACCCGCUUCUCAAAGAGCUCAAGCCAUCGGGGACGGUGAAGAAUUAUUUGAUGGUCUGCGAGAGCGGCAGAUGCACGAUGGUUGACGUCUAA